AUGGGAGCUGGAAACGCUGGAAACUGGAUCUACUGCGGCCUGCUACUGAGCACUGUCCAUGCUGCGAAGGUCGCAAGCCUUGCUUCGAAGGGCUUUACGAAGGAUCUGAAACAAGACUUAAAGAGCUUGGAAGGUCUGGUGGUCAGUGGUUUGCGGGGCAGCUCCAAUGCUUGGCCCUCCAAUGGCACGAACGUCACGGCUUCCGACUGGGAAAGUCCGGCCUUGAAAAAAGGAAGGCAGGGAGCAGCGCUGAAACCCUCAGCGGAAGCGUCCGACGCGUCCGACCCGCUGAACGCGUCCAACGAGCUGCCGGUCCCGGGACAUCGGAAGGAAAUCUUCGAAGAGCCGCGAAAGGUCAUGGGAGUGGCUCUCAAUGGAGAUAGCGACGUUCAGACGCUGCAUACCUCCCUUUUCGUGGGUGGCUUGGGGUCUGCAGGCGUCUUCCUUGUCUUCGCAAUACUUCACGUGGCGGUGCCGCAGGUAUAUCACCGAAGGAGGACCACUAGCAAAGCGGAAGAUGAUCCCGACUAUGCGGAGCACAUGCAUUUGGAGGUGUCUUCUGGCUUCCGUUGGAUCGAUUUUAUUUGGAAGGUCUGGAACAGCACUCCAGAGGAUGAAGUGCGUCUGGCUGGUCUGGAUGGCUGGUCUCUCUUGGAGUUCGUUCGCUUGAAUCUCCGCAUCAUGACCAUCGUGGGUCCCUUUCUGCUGGCUGUGGUGUUGCCACUGCAUUUCUUCUUCAAUACCAAAGAGUCUCACAACAAUUUGGAUUGGCUCAGCUGUCUGGAUAUUGGCAACUUGCCCAGAGACGAUUGGAUGCUUUGGUUCCAUGCCGCCGUGGUGUGGUUCGUGGUGUUGAUCAGCGCCUGGCAGAUCAGUCUGGCGCACGACGGCUUUACGGAGCGCCGGUACCAGUGGCUCUCCACCGUGCCACGGCCGCGCUCGACCACGGUGAUGGUACGCAACAUCCCGCCGAUGUAUCGCUCGGAUAGCGCGCUGAAGGAGUACUUCGACCGGGUCUUCAGCGAAGAGUCAGCACACACCGUAGAGCGGGCCUAUGUGAUCCGCAAAACAGGACGUUUGCCAAAACUGGUGAAGCAGCUAGAAAGUUCGCAAUACGACGCCCAUGUGGCUUCCAGUCGCUUGAACAAGGCCCGUGAGUCGGAGAAGGCUUCACUGGAAUCGGACCUGCAGAGGUGUCAGCUUACAGUGACUAAUCUGAAGAGCCGCGUGGCAAAGGAACAACAGGCCGUGGAGCUGGCGUUGCAAGGGCCGCGACCUGAUUGGAAGGUGGCGUCCUCCAGCGGCUUCGUGACCUUCACCACGAUCCUUUCACAACGCCUGGCCUCACGAGAGCAAUGUACUCGAGAUGUGUCAGCUUUCAGGAUGUACAUGGCUCCUGAUCCGCAUGAUGUUUUGUACGAAAACCUGGCAGAGGAUGAUAUCAAUGCCUCCAGUUGGAAAUGGUUGGGACGCCUGGCUCUUCUGGCGGUGUUCCUCUUUUGGAUUCCCAUCGUGGUGGCCAUCAGUGGAUGGACAACACUGAGUUCCAUCCAGGGAACCGUUCCCGCGGUGAAGAAGUUCGUGGAAGCGCAUCCCACCAUUGGCAGUUUGAUGUCUGGGGUACUGGCCACGGCGGCCUUGAAGAUCUUCAUGAUGUUUCUGCCCACGGUGCUUCAUUUCAUCAUCACCACCACCCUGCACUUGAAGGCAGGAAGCGUAGAACAGCUGAAACUGCAGCAAUGGAGUGCGGCAUUUCUUCUGCUCUUCGUGGUUUUGGUGACAUCUUUGGGACGUGGGCUGACGAUCACGUUCUUCAUCGUCAUGCAGGAGCCUGCAAAGAUCAUCAGCCUGUUGGCGGCGUCUUUGCCAUCGGCCAGUCAUUUCUACUUCAACUAUGUGAUCUUGGGAUGGUUGGUACUUCCCAUGGACAUGCUUCGUAUGACCAACUUGGCGAAAUGGUUCUUCUACCGCAGAGUUUGCUCAUUCGAGGAGGACGAAGCGCGGAUCUACGCAGACCCGGAGGAUCCGGCAUACUAUGGCCUUGGCACUCGAAUGGCCCGCACGGUGUUGAUGGCCUCGAUGUUUUUCAUCUUCUGCUCUUGCUCUCCAUUGAUUUUGGUCUUUACUUGGAUCUACUUUUUCCUGGCGCAGUUCGUUUUCGGUUAUUUGUUGCUCUUCUGCGAGAGUAAGAAACCCGACACCGGCGGCGUUUUCUGGAUUCAGGCCACGGAGCAACUUUUCCUAGUGCUGGCCAUCUAUGUAAUGUUGAUGGUUGGUGUACUGCGCGGACUCAACAAGAAUGGCAUCUGGGCAGGACCGCCUGCAGUAGCAUUCUGCUCACUGCUGGUGCUCUACUGGGCAAGGCAUGGAGUCAAGAACCUGGCUUUCGAUACCCUGCCAUUGGAGGAGGUGGUGAAAGCCUUCAAGGAUAACAAGGACGAAUCGGACCUGGCCAGUCAGUAUGUGCAGCCUGAGUGCGAUCCAGCGCUUGAAUACUCCUUCCUACAACUAGACAACGGCCUCAAAGCCAUCAUCGGUUCGGAUCCAAAGUGCGACAAGGCCGGUGCGGGGCUUUGCGUCAAUGUGGGCAUGUGCCACGAGAGGAAAGAUCUGCCGGGCUUGGCACAUUUCUUGGAGCACAUGCUCUUCACGGGCACGGCCAAGUAUCCGAAGGAAGGUGAGUACCAUGAGUUUAUGCAGCAAAACGGUGGAGAUUCCAACGCCUAUACUGCCUGCUACUUCACCUGUUACAUGUUUGAGGUGAAACCUGAAGUAAUGGGAGAGGCCUUGGAUCGCUUCGCCCGCUUCUUCACCGAGCCAAGCCUCACUCGGGACUGCACCGAGCGCGAGAUCAACGCGGUGGAUUCGGAGUAUCAAGCAGGACUCACAUCCCCCUGGUGGCGCUACGUGGGAAUCCUCAACAUGAGCGCCAAUCCGGAUCACCCUUUCCAUGUGGCCGUUGGCAACAAUAAGGUCCUGCUGGAAGAUCCCAAAGAGAAGGGGAUCGACCUCUAUGACGAGAUGAAGAAGUUCUAUGAAUCCACCUACUCUGCCAAUGGCAUGACGCUCUGUGUUUUCGGGAGGAAGCCCACUGCACAGAUGGAAGAAAUCUUGCGAGAGAAGCAAGGGAUGUCCAGAUAUGGUGAGAGCAAGGAGCUGGUGUAUGUGGGCGCCAUGGCGCUGCCGAAGACCGCCUCAGUGCCCAUCUGGCAGCCCUUUGCAAAAGGCAAAUGGCCAGCCGGACUGCCACGAAGCACCUCAUUAUCGCGUAGCGUCCUAGCUGAUGUCUGUGCAGCUUUGGUCGUAGGUUUGGCGUUGGCAUUGAUGCUGGCACCCAUUGACCUGGCGAUGCUACGUGCCGGAAAGCCCGAGUCACCGGGGGCCAUUGCUUCAUUGGCCCAAGUCUUUGGCGAUUGCUUUCUGCGUCCCUUGAGCGUCCUGCCAGCCAUCGCCUGGACCUGGCUGACCUUCAGCGGGACCUACGCCGUGGCCAACGUGGUGCGCAGCAUCUGCACGGCCCGACAGCUGCCCCCCGCGGUCUAUGUUUGGCUGUUCACCACGGUGGUGCAGUGUGUCAUCAUGUGUUUGAAGGAUGCCUUCCUCACGGGUGGCAUUGCUCCCCCAUUGGCCGCGGUGGUGGUGUGGGUCCUGCGCGACCUGUCCUUCUCCCUGGUGGUCUUCGUUCUUCCGGAGCCCCUCAGCAGGUGGUUCACCUCGAAGGGCGUCACUUCGGUGGCCGGGGUGCCCAUCCAGGACUUGUUGCAGAUUCUGCUGCCGCAGCCCCUUCAACUCAUCACCAGCCCCUUGCACUUCUUGGGUGUCUCCUAUGUGGCCGCCGCCACUGCACAUCGACAGCUGUCCUUGGCGCAGCAUCUCCACACCGCCUUCCGUGAGUUCUGGUUGCGGGUGGGGAUCCGCUGUGCCCGGGUGCUGGUGCCCUAUUGCUUUGGUGCGGUGGCGAACCGGAGGUUGAGGAGUUUCUUCGAGACAUCGUUCAAACCGACGCUGGCGUUGCCCACGGUGAUCUCGGAACGUCGCGCUGCGGAACGACUUCAUCUUUGGGCCAUCAUCAGGAACAGUGUCCUACUGGCGGCUCUGGCUAUUCUGGCAACCCUGCAUGGCUUGAGACUCUCCGGCCCACUGGCCAUCUUGGUGGGUGCGUCACACGCCAUCACACGCCACGAUGUCUUGCGUCGGAAAUGUUAGGCGAAACCCAUGGGGAAGCCACGGACAAAAAGUCAAAAUCCAUCAAACUCACCAAGCCAAAUGCUG